UCCCCUCAAAAAAAAAAAGCCCUUCUUCGCCAGUCAGAUCGAGUCUCCUUGCUGGCGACUCAACACAGGGCGCGGAGAAAACCAGCAAGCCUGAGAGGGGGAGAAGUGGAGAGCGCGGCGGAACUCAUCGCCGUCGCUCCCACACCCUGAGGCCUCAGGCGGCGGUAGCCGAAUGGCGGAGCAGCCGGCCUGGAUGCGGAGGCAGAUGGAGCAGAUCCUGGAGCUGGACAUGGAGGAGCUCGAAGUCGAAGAGGUCGACGACUCCGCCUCGUCCUCCUCCUCUGACGUCUCCACCUUCCUCAGAAAUACUCACGGAGGUGGAGAGACUGGUACCUCUGAAGAGGUUACAAUUAAUACCUCUCGUGCUUCCCUGCACACAUAUGUUGGUGAGGUUGUUGAUACCCGGAGCAGAUUUGCUUUCUUGAAUGGUGGUGAAGUCCUCAAUUUACCUAUGCUUUAUCUUCAAGGAUUUGUUUUGUUUCCUGAAGCUACCCUGACUCUUAGAGUAAUUCAGCCUAGAUUUUUAGCAACUGUUGACAAGGCUAUUAAUCACGUUGACGCUCCAUGUAUGAUAGGUGUGGUUCACGUGUACCGACACAUAAAUGAUGGACUUCAUUCUGUUGCUUCAAUUGGCACAACGGCAGAGAUACAUCAAGUUAGACAAUCGGGUGAUGGCACAUCAAAUGUUUCAACUAGAGGCCAGCAACGGUUUCGCCUUAGACGCAGUUGGAUUGACGCUGAUGAAGUACCAUGGGGUGAAGUCCAAAUCAUUGAAGAAGAUACACCUUCAAGAACUCCAAGAAAUGCAUUUGUACAGUUAGCUGCAAGUAAUACUUUCAAGCAAUGUGAUUCAUCAGUGUCCAGUUUUUGUGUGUCUUCUUUGAAGCAAAAAGAUCUUAUGGAUUCUGAUCUUGAUUUGGAUUCUCUAUCAUCCACUAGUAAUCUAAGUGACCAUUCAGUAACAGAUACAGGAAUGUGCUAUUUCUCAAAUGAAGACGAAGAUCUGAUGCGUGAACUGUCUUGGCAGAACCAUGAUUGUAUAAACGAAUUUGACGCGUCCGUCAAUAAGACAAACAUGGGAGACGACGAUGAUCUUCGCUUUGCAGAACGACAGAGACAGUACCGUGCCGCUUGUAAUUCAAAGAUGGCACUGGAGGCUCCACUAUCAUUUUGGCCUCGAUGGGCUUACAAAAUGUAUGAUUCAUAUUCCCUUGCGCGGAGAGCUGCAGAUUUGUGGAGGCAGAUAGUCGCAAACCCAAGCAUGGAUGAUCAUGUGAGGAAACCAGAUCUGUUGUCGUUUUGUAUUGGAAGCAAAUUGCCCAUAUCAGGAUCUGCGAGACAGGAAUUGCUUGAGAUUGAUGGAAUAUCAUACCGGCUACAGCGAGAGAUUCAGCUACUCAAGGCCUUUAAUCUCAUGCGAUGUAGAAAUUGCCUGGUUCUCAUCGCAAGACGUAGUGACAUGGUGGUGAUCUCUAAUGGUUGCCCAGUUGGUGCUUAUGUCAAGCCUUUCGACGGCGCGCAGGAGAUGAUAACAGUGUACAAUGCAUCUGGGCUUGCACUUUAUGGCAAUCCUUCUGAAGUUCACAGCUGGUUCCCAGGAUAUACUUGGACGAUUGCACUGUGUGCUGCCUGUGAGUCCAACAUUGGCUGGCUGUUCAGCGCAGCCAAGAAGAAUCUUGUUCCAAAAUCCUUCUGGGGUAUACGCAGUUCCCAAAUUUUAGACGAUACACAAUCAGCACAGGACCGAUCGUCCAUGUAGGUCGUGGUCGCCUUUUGGAAUGCAAUUCUCAUCACCCUUCUAACCUGACUUUUCUUCUAGAAUCGACUUCUCUCAUUCUGUAGUUUUGCCUCGGACAACUCCCAGUUGUGUUGGCAUAGUAGUAUCACCAUAAAAGAAUUUUGAUCGACUGGGGCAUCGUAAACGAUCGAACUUUACAUUGAUCUCUUUUGUUGUAGCAAAUAUUGAUGGCAUCUGUCUUCCAUUUUAC